CAAAGACUGAAGUGGCCGGAUUUCAAGUGACAAACAGCACUACAUCCAGGAUCCAGCCCCCUCCCUGCACGGCUGCUUCCUCCUCCACAUCCCCUGUCAGGAAGAGAAGCCUAUUGUGUCGGGCCCAGGGAGUUCGAGUUGAAGGGCCCGGGGGUCUGCGCCUCUGACUGCUCUGAGCUACUUCCCCAUUGGCUCCCAGCAGCCUGUGCUCAGCAAGGGCUGAGCGACAGGAGGAGGCUCUAGUCCAUAAAAGGGGGGGGGCGAGGCACCAGAACUGCCAUUCUGAGGGGCUUUGGUGGUGCUCACAGCCGCUUCUUUGGCACCUCCUUCCCAGCCAGAGUCAGGGAGACCCCUGAGCCACCUGCCACCACCCUCCGUCCGACCUGCUCGGCCAGAAGCUGCCCAGGAACGAAGAAGAACACAGCAGGAAGAGCUGAGACGGGAUGGCGUGGCAGGGGCUCGUGCUGGCCGCCUGCCUCCUCGUGCUCCCCUCUGCCACAGCGGACUGCCUGUCCCGGUGCUCCCUGUGUGCGGUGAAGACCCAGGAUGGGUCCAAACCCGUCAACCCCCUGAUUUGUUCCCUGGAAUGCCAGGCCGCGCUGCUGCCUGCCGAGGAGUGGGAGAGAUGCCAAGGCCUUCUGUCUAUUUUCACCCCCUUCACCUUCGGGCUCAAUGGCAGAGAAGAUUUGGAGGCCAAGUCCGCUUUGGAGGGGCCUUAUAGUGAGCUGGCCAAGCGCUCUGGGCCCUUCGCGAAGGAGCUGGAGGAAAACAGAUUUCUUCUCCGCACCCCAACAGAGGAGAAUGCUCUGAGCAGGAGCCUGGCGGAGAAGCUCAGGGGUCUCUCUGUCAGGUUGGGGGAGGGAGGGGAGUCUGAGCUGAUGGGGGGCACCCAGCUGCAUGAUGAUGCCAUGGAGGCUAGGGCACUGGAUUCCAAUGAGGAGGACCCCAAGGAGCAAGUCAAACGCUAUGGGGGCUUCUUACGCAAAUACCCUAAGAGAAGCUCAGAGGUGGCUGGGGAGGGGGACCGGGAUGGGGAUAGGGUGGGCCACGAGGACCUGUACAAACGCUAUGGGGGCUUCUUGAGGCGCAUCCGUCCCAAGCUCAAAUGGGACAAUCAGAAGCGCUACGGGGGUUUUCUCAGGCGCCAGUUCAAGGUGGUAACUCGGUCUCAGGAAGAUCCCAAUGCCUACUCCGGAGAGAUUCUUGAUGGGUAAACCCCUCCCCAUCGUGGGGUUGAGUCAGAAGCUUCCCCUGACACCCUUCCAGAUUGGAGUACCCUCAUUCAUCCUACCUUGUACCCCCCAAUCCCCAUGCUCAGUUCAGCACUGUCUGCAAAACAUUCAAACCCAGCCUGCCUCUUUUCUGCCUGGGGUGCAGAGUUUGUCUGGAGUCAGCGGGGAGAAAGGAUGGAGGUUCCCCUGUCCAGUAGACUCAGUGCUUGGCUCCAACCCUAGGCCUCUGAACUACCCCCAGCAGCGGCUUUUGAUAUUAAUCCCUCCACCCCAUUAAUGUGCCCCCACCCCCCACUCCGGUCCCAGGAAUCCAGACUGACUUGUUCUUCAUUCCUCUAGAUAAAUAACAAAACAAGGUAAACAGACAAAUAGAAAUCCUAACACUUUAUCCCAAACCUUAAAGGACCUCCUUGUGCUCCCCACUUCGGAGACCGAUGCUUUAGAUAAAACGCUCAAACACCGCAUUUUAUUGGAGCAGGAAUGCCUGCACUGGAGAGUUCAGUCCUCCAGUGGGCAAGUGUUCAGUUGUACUCUCUGUGUUCUCAUUGAUUCGAAACACACCUCUUGAGGAAACGAGUUCCUGGACUCCCGUCCAUGUUGGUACCCUGGACAGCACCCAGCUCCUCACCGGAGAGGAAGGGCGCAAAACCCCCUUCCAAAAUGGAUGGUAAUGAGAGCAGUGCUCCUACUGAAUACUUAAAAGAUCACGGAGAGAGCGAGACAAACCAAUUUGCUCUGUGUAACAAACUCAAAAUGUGGACCAGUUCCCUCAGCCCUCAUUAAACUAAUUAAACAGAUCGGUAUCACACUCCUACCCCAGGAUGAACUGAAGCUGAGUCAAGUCGAUGAGGUUAAGCACAACCAUGUUCUUGAGCAGCUGAAUUGGCCGCCAAGAGUCUUAACCAUCUGGCCAAACAUAUGCAAUGGGCACUGGGUGAGGAAAUCCAGAAGCAACAGCUAGAACGACAAAAAAGGACGUCUUCAACCCCUGUGAUGAUUCUUUCCUCUUCAUGUCUCCGAAUAACACCAGAAAGGGGAAUGAAAUGAUUAAGUGCUUGAGGCCAAAUGAAUUCCCUUGAUUCAAAUGAAUCAGAGGCAGAGACCUCCCAAUUCCUUGGUUUCAAUCAAAGUCUCUCUCUUUCUCUCUGCUGCUUUUGCUUGCUCAUCCCCAGGCAUUAUGGUUUGGUUUGUGGGUCCAGGAGGCUGGGCUGGAAAGGAGAGGAAAUAGUCACGAGUUCAGUUAAUUUGUCUAAGAUGCUACUGAGCACAUACCUCUUUGCGUGCAACCCCCAGCUCUCUCAUGAUGUUCCGAAAUGUAUAGAUUGUUUUAGGGUUACUUCGUGUGCUUUUAAAGAAAUCCCACGUAUGCAAUUUACCUAGAAUUUGCUUAUUCCUUAGUAGGCCUGUGUUAUUUCCUACUCUUCCGGUGCAAUAAAUAAAAGAAAGUUGGUAAUGA